GGGAUUUAUUUUACCGAGUCCCGCCGUGUAGAAAAGCCCAGAAAGAUCUUCUCCUGUUUCCCCUUCCCGUGGGUGGGUCUGAGUAGCGGCCUGAAGGACGAAUAGCAGUUCGCGUAGAGGCCUUUCCCUCCCCCCUCCCCCCCAAGGCAGCAAAGGUUUGGACAAGAUAGGGGGUGGGGGCACGCCUGCGCGGCAGCUAGUCUUCCUCUUACGACGUUCACGUGUUUCACGGAGGGGGCUGCGAGUCUACCGGCGCCAGGGGAGGGACGGAGGGAACGGACUGAGCUUGAGGAACAGCUACGGAAGCUAUGGCAGGGCAAGCUUUUAGAAAGUUUCUUCCCCUCCUUGACCGAGUUUUGGUUGAAAGGAGUGCAGCUGAGACUGUUACCAAAGGAGGUAUUAUGCUUCCAGAAAAAUCUCAAGGAAAAGUAUUACAUGCAACGGUGGUAGCUGUUGGAUCAGGAUCUAAAGGAAAGGAUUUCUAUAAUUGGCCUGAUGAAUCCUUUGAUGAAAUGGACAGCACAUUAGCUGUUCAACAGUAUAUUCAACAGAACAUAAGGGCAGACUGUUCCAAUAUUGACAAAAUUCUUGAACCACCUGAAGGCCAAGAUGAAGGUGUAUGGAAAUAUGAACAUUUAAGGCAAUUCUGCCUAGAGCUAAAUGGACUUGCUGUCAAACUUCAGAGUGAAUGCCAUCCAGAUACAUGUACUCAGAUGACGGCAACUGAACAAUGGAUUUUUCUUUGUGCAGCUCAUAAAACUCCAAAAGAGUGUCCUGCUAUAGACUACACUAGGCACACGCUUGAUGGUGCUGCAUGUCUUCUGAAUAGCAAUAAAUAUUUUCCUAGCAGAGUUAGCAUAAAGGAAUCAUCUGUAGCCAAAUUAGGAUCAGUAUGCCGUAGGAUUUACAGAAUAUUUUCACAUGCUUAUUUUCAUCAUCGGCAAAUAUUUGAUGAAUAUGAGAAUGAAACAUUUUUGUGUCACCGAUUUACUAAAUUUGUGAUGAAAUAUAAUUUGAUGUCUAAGGAUAACCUGAUUGUACCAAUUUUGGAAGAGGAAGUACAGAAUUCAGUGUCUGGGGAAAGUGAAGCAUGAUGGGAAUCAUACAUAAAAAUGUACUGAACACAUAAUUAACAUUAAUUAUGUACUGUAUAUAUCAUUUUAGACACUUCAAUCAUGUAUCCAUAUUAUGGCUUCUUUGUUUAGUAUAGUUUUGUAUGCUGUGUGUUGCCUUUUAAAAUGGGAAAGAUUUUUAAGUUAUUCAUGAGCUGUAUAUUCACCAGUGUGGCAGUCAUGGUUUUUAAAUAAGAUUAGUUUUAUCUGUUUAUAAUGCCUGUUAAUAAAAAGAAUUUACAAUUCUGUAAAAUUGCUGCUAAACAAUCGUUGGAUCACAAUCCUCAUCAAACAAAUCUAUCAAAAAAAGAUGAGUGAGCUUUAGGUUUCACAUAAGCCAUUUACUAAUGAAAUAGCAACAUUUUCCCUUAAUUUUGUGUCUUAAAUUUAGAGUACUAUAGGAAAUUUCACAUAAUACAGUUCAGACUACACUGUAGCUCUUUUUUUAAAAGCUGUUUUCAUGGUCUCCUUAUGAAUUUUGAAACACAUCUAUGAAGAUUAUGUGUAUAUCCAAAUGUAAAAGCAAGUGCAGUGUUAUUAAUGCUAAAAUAUUAAUCUUACUUUGCUACACAAAGUAUAUUCUGGGCCAGCAUACUUGAAAGCUGUAUGUUUUUCUGGAUUUACCUUUCUGUAAUAGUGGACUAUAAGAAGUUUUGCAUACAUCAUGGUAAUGAUGCUAAGGCAAAUAAAUGCUUCUCCCAAUGAAAUCCCUUUCUUCCUACCUCUUUCCCUCAAUCCCCUCACCAAAAAAAAACAAACAAAAACCAACAAACUUCUCCAGGCUACCAUGAAUUAUUAGUAUAAAGGCUUAUACUUAUAUGUAUCUGUAUUAAUUGCCUACAGAUUAUACCUCAUAUUAACAUUCAUAUUACACUACAGGAAAAAUGUACUGGCAUAGUUUUUCAUUUAUUUUUGUUUGGUGGAAUUAUUCUAAUGGAAUUUUUGGAAAACUUCAGUCUUUAAAAUAGUUUGGAUAUUUUUAGUAGUAAUAUUAAUCUCUUUGUUUAUCUAGACAAUAUUUAGAUAGGGAUAGAAAAAUAAUAUCACAUUUUUCUCCCCCUUCCAAAAAAAAAGCUCAUAUUUGAAUUGUAUGUGCAUGUGAGAUUAUUUGCAAUAAUUCACAGGAUCCAUGAGUGUUACUUAAUGGUGUUGCACUGGUUGGACCUCUUUAAAAUGAAAUGCCUUAAGGAUAGAACUUCAGAUUUGAUAAUAUGAAUGGUGUAACUGAAUGCAGUCUUUUAAAAACACUUGUCUUCUUUUUAUCAUAUUGUAUAGAGGCAUUACAAUAUAGGGCUUAAAAGAGUGUACAAACAAUGAAGAAAAUUUCUAAAGACAGGCUUUUAGGCAGUUUAAGUGCACAGAAGAGAAAAAUAUUUUUGAACGUAGAAGUUAGGGUUGUUUGGAAAAAAAAGUGAAAUGCAUUCAUUUUUGUAUCACUAUUUCUUCCCAUUUUGAGGCUAAACUUUAUAUGACAUUGUUAUAAAAUGUACAAUGACAAAAUGUGGGAUAGUAUAAGGUAUAGAGAGUGUUUGCGUAGAGAUUUUUCCUUUUCAAAUCUGUCUUUGUUCAGAUGUACUUGACUGACAGUUGUAUGUUCUAGUAGUUAGUCAUUUUUCUAUGAAAAUAUUUUGCUCCACCUGUAGUUCUAUCUUUAAGGAUAUCUUAUUAUAUAUGUGAUUAAAAAUUAGCUUUGGAAUUUUA